UAAACGUUCAAUUUCUAAUUGCAAUAAUUCGUAGAUAAUAUGCAAAAUUAGUCGUUUAUUUUUAGUUUUAAAGUGGCCGGUAAUGAAACAAUUGCAAUUUGAAACUUAAUGCCUGUCAAAUAAUUAUAAAUCUAUGUUUAAAUGUCAAACUAAUUCUAAAUUAGUUCUUAGUCGUACACAGAGGACGACAUAGAAUAAUUUUAUACAAAUCAGUUAAAUGUUUCUUUUAUUUUUGUUUUGUGUUUCAUGUUCAAUAUAUAACAUCCAUACAUAAUGGAUAACCUAUUUGGUAAAGAAGAUUCUGGAAAUGAAAGCGAGCAUGUAGAUAUUGAUGAUAAAGAAGAGAAAUUCGAUCAUUCUCAAAACUCUGGAUCUAAAGACAUGGAACCAAUGGAUGCUGAUAAUAUACAGGUCAAGGUAGAAUCCGAUGCAAUGAGUUCUCAGUCUCAAUCAGAUGUGGAAGAAACAGGUUCUAAUUCAUUAUAUACAGUAGUGGAGGAUCAAUUAGAAAUUGUAAAGCAUGAAAUAGAAAAUAAAGAAGAGGAACAAACUACAGAGGACAUAUUUGGAAACGAUAUAGUACUACCACAUGCAAAUCCAACAAAUGUUAAAGAAAGACGAGAAAGUAAAGAGAAAAGUAAGAAAGAAUUGGAAGAAGAGGAAAGAGAAAAAAUGCAGGUAUUAGUCUCAAAUUUUACUGAGGAUCAGUUGGACAGAUACGAAAUGUACAGAAGAGCUGCUUUCCCAAAAGCAGCUAUAAAGAGGAUUAUGCAAACUAUAACAGGUUGCUCUGUAUCACAGAAUGUAGUGAUUGCUAUGUCUGGUAUUGCAAAAGUAUUUGUAGGGGAAAUUGUAGAAGAAGCUCUUGAUGUCAUGGAAGCUCAUCAAGAAACAGGGCCAUUACAACCAAAACAUUUAAGAGAGGCAGUUAGAAGAUUAAGGCUUCAGGGACAGAUUCCUAAUGGACAUUCUCAUAAAGCAUUUUUCAGGCUGUGAAUUGCUUUAACAUAUAACUACUUUUUAUUACAAGUGUCUUAAUGUAAUAAUGAAAUUUUAAAAAAUAUAGAAUUUUGUAUCUUUUUGUAAAAAUGUAAGUUUAUUAUUUUAAUUAUUUUAAAGGUUCAUUUUUUAGAUAGUGGUAACAGUGAGCUCACGAAAAUAUUGUAUUGUGAACAACUUGAAUAUAUUCCCAAAUAACAUGCAUAUAUAGUAUGUAAUUAAAAUUAUCAAAUAAAUCGUUAUUUUCUAAACGUCA